AUGCAACCAACAGCUUUCUUUCUUCUCACCGGAGCUACUUCUGCCCUGGCAUCUCCAGCAGUGUCUGUCCGCCAAGCAACCCCUGACAAGGCUUCCCCCGCCGAGUUUGAGCUAUUCUCACAGUACGCCCAGGCGGCGUACUGCACAGGGCUUUACGAUACGACCAUCAACACGGCCGUCUGCGCGGACAACAGAGGGUCCAUCUGCGACGGAUUCAAAGGAACAGUCACGGUAAAGGAGUUUACCAAUCUUGAAUUUGGCACCAUUGCGGGCUAUGUCGCCACAAACCCCAGCAAGAAGCAAAUUGUCGUAGCCUUUAAAGGCACGAACCCCCUGUCCUAUGUGGACGUUACGUCAGACUUGAUCAAGAAUCUGGUCGCGGCCAACAAUUUAUUCCCCAAAUGCGGCGGCUGCAGCAUCCACAACGGCUUCAUGAGGGCCUUUUCCAGCGUCAGAGCCGAGCUGGAGCAGACCCUCAAGGCCGAGCUCGCCAAGCCCGGCCAAGAGUCCUUCCGCGUCGUCAUCACCGGCCACUCUCUGGGCGGCGCCGUCGCGACCGUUGCCGCGCCCUACCUGCGCACGCAAGGCAUCGCCUGUGACCUCUACACGUACGGCUCGCCGCGCGUCGGCAACCAAGAAUUCGCCAACCUCAUCACCAACGACAGCAACUUCUCGGCGCGCAUCACAAACGGAAACGACUUUGUCGCGUCUGUGCCUUUUGGCUCCCUCUUCCAGCUCGGCUUCUACGCCCACACGUACCCCGAGUACUGGUACAAGGACGGCCUUUUGGGAACCGCAAAGGGCUACGAGACAACCGCGACCAAGUGCACCAGCAGGAAGCAGUGCGCCGGCCCGACGUGCGGCAGAGCCCGCAACGUCUUGGAGUUUCCCGUGGCCAGGUUCACGUGCUCCAUCGGCGACCACAUGAACUACGUGGACCCCGCGCUGCUGCUGUGCAAGGACGGACGCAAGGGCAAGUCCAGCGAGCCGUCCAUUACUGCCGAGGAGUUUCAGCAGUUCUUGGAGGCGCAGGAGAAGGAGGAGGAGGAGAAGAAGGAAGGGGAGGAGGAGAAGAAGGAAGGGGAGGAGGAGAAGAAGGAAGGGGAGGAGAAGCAGGAGCAGUAG